CUUCUUGUAAUGACUGAGACAAAUCAGACACAAUUAUUUGUUAUAGGUAACCAGUAAUUGUUUAAAGCACUCUGGGGCCUGUCCCCCAUCCCCUGAGAAGUUCUCUGUUACAAGUUUUAUUGCGCUAAAGAAUGUGGUUGCCACAUGGAAGAGCAGAGAACAGACACAGAAACGUGUAUCUUUCCUGCAUUUUCCCCACAGAACACAGACUUUCCUGCAUUAAUUUAUAGACAGACCAUUCUAUAAAUGAACAUGCACAUCCCCAGGAAAUGGUAUCCAUUAUUGCUGUUGUUGUAUUGCACUCAUUGUAUUCGCAUGUUUUAUGAUACAUUUAAGGUAACUUCAAUUAUGCCAUGUUUAGUGUCUAUGGGUUCGUAUCGAGAAGAUGUAAAUGCUUGUGUAUGCGGUAUGUCCAUACCUGUGCAACACAUCAGUAUUACAAGAAUCUUUAAUAGUUCUUUUUCAAAACUCAGCCAGUUAUUCUUGCUCGAUCAUAAAAGCCCUGACAGGAGGUGUGUUAUCGCCCGGAAAUACAACAUCUUCAUUGGUCCGGUCAACAACUAAGAGGUGUGACUUUGACCAGAGGUUAAAAGCCAGUGAACAAUGCCACUCCCUCUCUUUCCUUGCUUCUUGGACGACUGAAGAGACCCCCUUCUUGCUGCAGGCCUGUAGGCCUAGGCCAACCCAGCCAUGUGCUCAUCUAUAAGUUGUUUCAUAGUACUUCAUCUAACGCAGAAGAUACUGGCAACAACUUCGGACCAAACCAUCAAGAUUACAACCCAGCCUGCAGAUCCGAUGCUCCUCAGCCUAAAGGCAUCUUGCAAGUAUCAUACAUUUGAACACUAAACAGCGAUUUAGUAUUGAUUUGUAAAACUUACCUUGUCAGCAAAGGGGUUUUAUUACUGAGGAAACUGAUGAUUCUUUUCCAGAUUGUCUUUGAACUUUUCCUAUAGCUCCAUUCCCGGUUCCACUUCCGGUUCAACUCUAUCAUUGCUCAUUCUUACCUACGUAUGUGUGUGACCUGCGUGUAUGUUAUGUGUUUGUUAGUUUAGUUAUGUGUUUGUGAGUUAGUUUCUCAGAUGUUUCUCUUUUGCUUUCAAUCUGAUGCUAAAUUAAGUGGAGAGUAUUAAUUUGUAUAUAACAUGUAGAAUAGAUAUGAUGCAAAUUAUUGACAACAGGUUCCUAGGUACGCAUAAAACUGGCAUUAGGGGAAUACAUACGCUAUCUCGGCUGCAGUCUGAAUGGAAGCGGUGUGAUGUGAAUGUGGGACAAUCAGCAUUAAGUGGAUAUAACUUGGGGUGAACAUUUCUGUUUGAUGAAAAUUAUUAAUCAUUUCAAAGGUUGGACCUCCCUCAGUCGAUGAUGGUGGAUUUCAUGAUGGAAACUCAACAAGCUCAAAUGACCAUAUCUCUAAUGACAUGACUGAUGAAUCUUCGGAUGCUACGGACUAUAAUGAUGCCAACUAUGUUCCAGAUUCAAGCGGCAACUCCUCUGACACAAGUUAUUCUAGUAAAGAUCUAAAAAUCAUAGACAGUCAUCUUCCCCACAGAGUGUUAAAGGAAAAAUCAUUGGGGAUCGCUACAGCCCACAGUUCGGAUAGUACCAACAGUUCCAAGGAGCAGAGAAGUUUUAGUUCCUCAAAGAUGAGCAGCGGCCAUUGUAGUUCAGUGAUAAGUUACAGUGACAGUUCAUCAGAGAAGACCUCGCACAGCUCCAUAAAUGUCACUUCGUUGCCAAACACAGCAAAGCGAAGCAAGUACAACAAGAAACAAUAUUGUCUAUAUUGUAAUAAGGCCAUUUCUAAAUUGGCAAGACACCUCGAAUCCGCUCACAGUACACAGCUUGAUGUCGCAAAGGCUUUCAGUUUUAAGAAAAGAUCUCGCGAAAGAAAAGAUUUGUUACGCUCUCUUAAGAAGAGGGGAAACUUGUCUGUUUCCAAUGCCACUGUGGCAAGCAGUGGUGUUGGAGAAAUGGUUGCUUGUCGAAGACCCACUAGAGUCAGACAAUCUAAUGACUUCAGUCACUGCAAGUUUUGUCAAGGACUCUAUGCAAGAGAUAGUCUAUGGAGACAUGUCAGAAACUGCCCUCAGAAGUCUGUUGAAUUGGAGACUAGAGUUGGGCAAAAACGGAUCCACAUUGACCUACCAAAAGCUGAUACAGUUCAUGAUGCUGUUUGGAAGAUUGCUUGUGAAAUGAACCAGGAUGACAUUUCUUUAGUUGUAAGGAGUGAAAGAGACAUCCUUAGUCUUGGCGAGUCAAUGUACAAUGGCAGGAAACCAAAUGAGAAAAGAAAUGAUUACAUACGUCAAAAAAUGAGAUAGAUGGCUAGACUCUUGAUAACUGCAAGAGCUACAACACCUUUGAAGAGCACUGAAGACCUUGUUAUGCCCAGUAAUUUCCCCCACGUUAUACAAGCAGUGAGAUUUGUUGCUGGUUAUGACUUGGAUAGCAACUCAUAUAAAACCCCAUCAUUGGCUUUACAAUUGGGUCACAGUUUGGCUAAGGUUGCAGGCAUUGUGCAAUGCAAUGCCAUCAUUGCAAAUCGCAAUGCUGUUGCAGAGUCUGCCAAGCAAUUCUCCACUCUGUAUGAGAAAAGUUGGGCGGAAUCCAUUUCAAGUGCUGCACUGGGUACACUUCAUCAAGCCAAAUGGAAUAAACCACAUGUUUUGCCCUUUACACAGGAUGUGUCUCAGCUGCACAAGUUUCUUGCUACUGAGCAUGCUAAGUGCAUGAAGGACCUUGAGAAUGUGUACUUGUUUGCACGCCCAUGUGUGCUUUCCCAUUACAGAGGCUCUGACUGCUUCCGCAAGUAUUCAAAACGAUGUGGUGCAAAAAACCCAGAGUCACUCACCUCAACAAGAUUGAGGAAACAAGUUGCCACUUUGUCAACAGUACUAAACUUAAAAGAAAGUGAAAUGGAUCAACUUGCUACCAUUCUAGGACAUGAUAUAAGGAUCCACAGGGAAUUCUAUCGGCUUCCAGAGAGUACCCUGCAGCUUGCAAAAGUUAGCAAACUGUUGAUAGCAAUGGAAAAAGGAAGACUGUCUGACCUGCAAGGGAAAGGGCUGGAUGACAUUGAGAUCAAUCCUGGAGAUGAAGUAGGCACGAGUGAUGAUGAUUCCAGUGAAUAAACCAUUGCUGACCUACAUCAACAUGAAGGCUUAAGAACUGAGACUUCUGGGGAUCGGACACUUCUGAGGCACUCGCAUGCUUCAACCACCCUGGAUCAUUUGGGGGGCACUUCUGCCUCAACCGUCUUGGACAACGUAAAUGUCAGCAACACUCAACCAAGACAUGAUUCCCAGCAGAACACAGCACUUCAAGUGGUUACAUCCCAAACUUCUUCAAAGCGCUCCACUGCAAAGCAAGGUAAAUACUGUAAGCAUUUUGGAUCCACAUUACUCUUUUAGAGAAAUUUAUUAAAUUUAAUGAAUGCCAUAUACUAUCAUAACUACUAAAUUAUCAGGACUGGAAAUGGCAGUCAGGUAUCCAAAUCACAAGGCUUAGGCGGAGUCAAGGUACACAGAAUAAAGGUCAAUAUAACACUAGGGGACUAACACUGGGAAAUAAAUGAUGCUGGAACACUUACUGAUACAGAGGAGACAAACUAGCAUCAACAAAUAGGGACAGACAUGUGAAAUAAAACAGGAAAUACUAAACGGAGAAAAAAAAAUAACUUAUCAGAGAACAGAUGUGGACAGGUAAUGAAGUGAAGGCUGUGGAGCGGCACAUGAUUCAUUUCAUAACCAGCUGCACGGUGCCAGGUAAAAGGACUGUGACUCCUGCCUCCAGGCAGAACCAAUGGCUCUGAAAGACAGAGACUGGGUUGCAAUCAAAUACUACAUUCACAACAGAAUCAUAUCAAUGAAAAGGAAGAUGAAUAGAUAGAACUAGAACAUGCCAACUGUGGCUCAGGUGCAAUUUAAUUUCUGUUGAACUUAUAAAAUUGCUCACUGUGUGCUGUUAUAAUCAGUGUCACCUUAGAUAUCCAGUGAAAAUGUUUGUAAUGGGUUUCGUUUUGAUAUUCUCAUUUUCAUUCAAGGAUUGCUAUUGAUGAUUUCUUGUACAAGCAUGCCACCUAGUUUUGACUGAAGCUGCCAUGUUGACAUGUAUUCAUGAGGGCUAUUGAUUGUUUUUUUGUUUUUUUUAUCUGUCACAGUUGGUUUCGUGUUUGGCUUCACGUUUGUUUUAGUGUCUCUUAUUUUGUAAUCUCGUCAUGUUUCAGUUCCCGGUCUUGUCAUGUGAUUCCCUUCUCAUCGUGUGAUCAUGUCAUAUGCUUCCCUAGUCUUGUGUUAUGUUCCUAUUGGUUGGUUUAGUUGUCAUAUCCUGAUUGGUUCCCUUGUUUUAUGUGUCUUGUUCUCAUUGGUUGUUGUAGUCAUGUGAUUCCGCUAGUCCUGUAUAAAUACUCCUCAUGUUUCCAUAGUCUCUUGUGGAGUAUUGUGAUUGUUUUCUGUAACCGCUGCUGGUGAGUUCGCUGACAAGUCUGUUCCAAGUCAUGUCUGUUCAUGGUUCCUGCUUCAGGUCUGUUCCUGCUUCAAGUCAAGUCUGUUCUGGUCAAGUCAUUGUUUAUGUUGUAUCUGUUCACGUUUGGAAAUAAACUGCACAUGGGUUCAUCACUUCAACUUGCCUUCAGUGGACCUACGUUACAUUAUCCCCACCCUUCAGACACUAUUUUUUUUUUCUUAGUACUUCAGGAUCAUAUCAUAAUGCAUUGUUUCAAGUAACUGACAUAAUUUCUUUCAUAGAAUAAGGUUUAAAAGUAUAUGUAAUCUAUACCCUCAGUGUCAACAAGCAAGUACUUAAAGGGAUUGUUACUUUCACACAUAUUUCCCAGGUUUUCAGUGUUGCUUUGUUUUUGCACAAGUUGUUUAAUGUGCUCUUUCAGCUAUUGAAAAAUCCUUAUGAGUGGGUGUUACUUUUAACAGGCCUUGCGUGUUAAAUUCCAUUAAUGUCAUUGGGAUGUACAUUCUGACAUUAUUAAACUGGUUAGCUGAACACACCGUAAUGUUUCAGGCUGAAGCUUUAAUAAUGUAUUCAUAAUUUUCUUCUUUAUAGAAUGACGCUAAAGAGAGUAGUUCUUUAAAGGACAAUUCCGGCGCAAAAUGAACCUGGGGCGAUGCAUUGAGAACUUUGUAAGUGUACAAACAGUUUAAUAAGAAGAUGCUUAAUAAAGACAGUACAUUACACGUAUACA